AUGUCUGGUCGCGGCAAAGGCGGGAAGGGCCUCGGGAAGGGCGGCGCCAAGCGCCACCGCAAGGUGCUGCGCGACAACAUCCAGGGCAUCACCAAGCCCGCCAUCCGGCGCCUGGCGCGGCGCGGCGGCGUCAAGCGCAUCUCCGGGCUCAUCUACGAGGAGACCCGCGGGGUGCUCAAGGUGUUCCUGGAGAACGUGAUCCGCGACGCCGUCACCUACACGGAGCACGCCAAGCGCAAGACGGUCACGGCCAUGGACGUGGUCUACGCGCUCAAGCGCCAGGGCCGCACCCUCUACGGCUUCGGCGGCUGAGCCGCCCCGCAGCCCGCGCCCCCAGCUCGUCCCCAAAGGCCCUUCUCAGGGCCACCCACCUGCUCGCACGAAGGGCUGUUAGUAACAACCACGCCUGAAGGUAAUACUCUAUAUUUGGGUCGGUGUCCCGCUGUAAUUCCAACUUUUAACAAAAUGAAGUCGCUUCUUUGCAAAGUCC